AUGCUGGAUCAAAAGAUACGGACUCUAGCACAACAUGGCUUCUCUGGAGUGGAAGUGGUCUACAAGGACCUCGAGAUCUAUGCAAAGUCCCGCAGUCUCUCACUGAUCGCCGGGGCGAAAGCAAUCAGACAGCUAUGCGACGAACUCAAUCUCGAAAUUCUAUCGCUAGCCCCCUUCGAAAACUUCGAAGGCGACAACUCCACACUCGACCAAAGACUGCAAGAGGCGCAGCGAUGGAUAGAAAUUGCGAGGGUCCUGAGAGCAACCUACCUUCAGGUACCAGGACACUAUGGUGCUAGUUGCUCAGGCGACGAGAAUGUCAUCGUGUCUGAUCUGCGGCGGCUGUCCCACCUGGGGAGUGCGAAGGAACCCCUCGUGUCCAUUGCCUACGAGCCCAUGUCCUGGUCCACCCACAUCUCCACCUGGCAGUCGACACUCCGCGUUAUCAAGGCAGUCGAUUGCUCUAAUUUUGGGCUGUGCCUAGAUAGCUUUCACAUUCUCACGAAGCUCUGGGGCAGUCCGCACCAUGCAUCGGGCAAAUAUCCAAAUGCGGAUGCCGAUCUGGCGGCUUCACUGGCAAGCUUCAAGAAGGACUUCCCUAUCGACAAGCUGUUCUACGUCCAGCUGUCCGACGCCGAGAGGUUCGACCCAGUCUUCUCGCGAGAGCAUCCGUGGUUCGUCGAGGGCGAGGCGGCAGAAUUCACGUGGUCGAAGCAUGCCAGACCAUUUCCCGGCGAAACCAAUCUCGGCGGAUACUUGCCUGUGGGGGAGUUUCUGAAGGCCUGCGUGGUUGACACGGGCUUUAAGGGCUGGAUCAGUAUGGAAAUAUUCGACCGUAAAAUGCGCGAUGCCGGGUUUAAAAUCGAUGAUGCUGCCACAAGAGCGACCUCGUCGUGGGCUACGCUGUUACGCGAAGUUCGAUCACCUCAUUCUAGGCUAUAA